AUGAGAAAUAAAUGUAAAUGUUUUUAAGCAAAAGAAGAAUCAACUUAAAUAUAGAUAAUAAAGAAUGAGAGAUCAUAUGAUAUAAGAAAAUAAUUAAUUAGCGAAAGAAAACUGUUGAAUUAAAGAAGACAUAAUACUGAAACAAUAUAUUAAUCAAUUAAUAAUUGA